AAAUUUUCGUCCUUUUAGAGAUGGAUUGUAGUCAUACCCGGAUUCCUCCAAUGAAGUUAAUUUAGGACUUUUCAGUUUUAGGUAAGUUCUAUUAUAUAGUUGCAGAGAGAGAGAGAGUCUUUCCAUGGCUGCCUCCAAGAUUCAAGCGCUCUGGAACCAUCCCGCCGGACCGAAAACCAUUCACUUUUGGGCUCCUACAUUUAAAUGGGGAAUCAGCAUAGCCAAUAUCGCAGACUUCUCAAAGCCACCUGAAAAGAUCUCCUAUCCUCACCAAAUAACUGUUGCAUGCUCUGGAGUUAUCUGGUCGCGCUACAGCACAGUCAUUACUCCGAAGAACUGGAACCUUUUCGGUGUAAAUCUUGCAAUGGCAGGGACUGGCAUCUAUCAGCUUAGGCGAAAAAUUCGGCAGGAUUACUUUCCUGACGCUCAAGAGGCCGUCGCGAAAGAAUGAUGACGAAAAUAGAUCACCGGAAGAUUUCUAUAAUCUUGGAUUCUGGUGGGUACGUAUUUCAUCUUUGAUUUCAUCGCCUAAUUCGAUCCUAUUUGUAUUGGUGUCACAAUAAUAUUGCAAUUGCAUAUCAUGGAUUUUUGUGAA